CUAGUCACCACGCGGUUCUCCAACGGCGAAACGUUCGUCUCCAUCGGUGCCUCAGUCCGCAAUGCCGAUGUGUUCAUUCUCCAGACGGCGUCGGAGCCUGUCAAUGACCGACUGAUGGAGCUGCUGAUUGCCAUCAACGCUUGCAAGAUUGCGUCCGCGAAGCGAGUCACGGCUGUCAUCCCGUGUUUCCCGUACUCGCGACAGGAUAAGAAAGAUCGCAGUCGCGGACCGAUUACCGCGAAGCUUGUGGCUAAUAUGUUGGAGAGUGCGGGCUGCAACCAUGUUAUUACUAUGGAUCUCCACGCCUCCCAGAUUCAGGGCUUCUUCAACAUCCCAGUUGAUAAGUAUGAUUCCCUAGCCCUGCUCUUUGCCGAAAAAAGCAUGAUCGAGCACAUCCAGCACAACUAUGGCACCGACAGCCUGGUUGUCGUUUCUCCCGAUGCAGGUGGCGCAAAGCGAGCAGCCACAAUCGCCGACCGACUCCACGUCGACCUCGCCAUCAUCCACAAAGAGCGCAAGGUAGCGAACCAGGUAAGCCGGAUGAUCCUGGUAGGCAACGUGGCUGGUAAGACGGCAGUGCUGGUCGACGACAUCGCCGACACCUGCGGCACGCUGGCGCUGGCAGCCAGCAUCCUCAAGGAGCAGGGCGCUGAGAAGUGCAUUGCUAUCGUGACGCAUGGUUUUCUGAGCGGGCCGUCGGUCAAGGUCAUCGAGAACAGUCAGCUGGACCGACUGGUUGUGUCUAACACUUUGCCUCUGCCGGAGCAUGCGCGGUCUUGUAGUAAGAUAUACCAGAUGGAUGUGAGUCCAACGCUGGCGGAGGCUGUGCGGCGGACGCAUAAUGGGGAGUCGUAA